AUGAUUGUUCGAGGUUCUGUGUGCAAUCCCAGAAGGCACUGGGAGUUAAUAUACAGUAAAAUCAUGGAAUCUUUGGUGAGAGUGGGCUCAGAUAUUGACGGGCCUGUUAUACGUAAAGUAUACGGUCGAUUCUACAACAUAGUGAACCUGGACAAACAUGAAGAGAACCGGAUAUUAAGGUUAUUCAUAAAGGCGAAGUUGGAUGGAAUGAAUAAACUACAAACAGCAGGGACAUUUGCUGACGCUGACCGCACGUAUAUCGCAGGCAACGUUGUUAUCAAGACUACAGUUGUCAUUCUGCUUUUUGCUUUUCUUUUUUGUUCUUCAAGCUCAUCUCCCAUCAAAAUCCGACAAAAUCCUAAGCUGAAGAUACCAAGUGGUUCUAUAGUCAAAAAUGGAUAUGUGGUCGAAGGAAGUGAAAACAACGCUGUCACAAUGAAUGACUUUAAAAAGAAGCUGUCUGUUAUUCACAUCGGAGCAGAAAACACUUGCUAUUUAUCUCGACUGGAAAAACGAACACCAACACUGAAAUUAAAAACAGCUAGAUCUUCAUCAUCAAAAACUACCACCAUCUGGACCAUUCAAAAAGCAUUUGAUCUUCGAUCUGUACUCAGUAAGAGGAUGGCCAAUCUGUGCUCUCGUAGUUCGAUUUAUUGGGUCAGCAAAAUUGCAGAGACCACUACACAGUCACUAAACAUCGGAAACAAGCGAAGCCGACGGUCACAAGAUUGUGGCUCCAAAAUUUGCAAGAAACGCACAGGAUUUUACAAAGUCAAUGGCGUCCUACAGUGGGUGGUAGACCAACUGAUCUGCAUAACAUACACAUGUUAACAUUCAGUCACCACAAGACAUUAUUAGKAAAUUGAAAAAUGCUAAUUAAUUGGGUUAAUGCUAUUUAAAUUAUUUAUACUAUUUAUUGUGUAUUAGCAAUAAG